CUAUCAAGGUGUCAACAUCUCUUUGCGCCGGCGACGACCACAGCUGCGCAUUAUGAGUACAUAGCUAACCCGCCUUGGAUCCUACUAGAAGUCGACGAGAAGAAGGGAGUUUGAAGGCAAGAGGACAACAUGGCGCGAAGUGUUGGCUGGAGAUUGUUAUUGGGAGCCGGAGCCUUGUUACUUGGGGCUCAGGGGAUCACAGCACAGGAAGAGCACAGCAAGAUUCCUUUGCCGUCGUACCAUUAUGGAGCAAAGAUUCCAGUCAGCUGUUUGAAUCGGUCAAUUGAUACAGGCGAGCAUAUCUCGAAUGACAAGAACGAGCUGGAAUAUAUCCCAUUUCCAGUCUGCAAUGAGACAGGAAAGCCAUUGGAGCUGCAGUAUGGUAUUGAAGAUGAACUCAACUGCACAAUCCCAUUUAUUACCGACCCCUUCUUCCACCUCCUCGAAUUCUACAUCCACAACGACGCCCCACUCUCCUGCCGAAUACCCUCACGACCACCAGCACAUAUCCACCCCGCUGGAAGCGCAUCCCAAAUACCUCCAGAAUUCCAACAAGAGUUCGUCCCCUUGAUAUUCGCUCUAGCAGGAACCCUCCAGCUAUCACAUCUUCACGUCUCUACACAUUUGAACAUUCUACUACACUCAACGCCGAAACACCAUCUUCAUCCACAUGAUAGCGGAGUUAUUGAUUCUGGGGCUGCAUACAGCACGAGUCCAUUGUCACAUACCACUGGCCCAGCUGCUUUGACAAAGAAAUUGGUUAUUGGGGAUCCGUUACCGUUACAAUUCAGCGUCCGUUGGUUCCCUACCCCGCAUCUACCGAGGGAGAAUGGGAAGAUUGAAUGGGCAGGGAUGGGCGGCCAUUUCUACGCCAGCACAUUCUUCUACUGUAUACUGAGCGCGGGAGCCGGAGCCUUGGGCAGUGCUGUUUGGUUUCUAGGCAUUGUUCUACCAAAGAGGUUGAAAGGCAGGGGUUUGGGUGGAGCUACACCACUAGGCUAUGGAGUUGGUAAUGGCUGGGGAGUGGGCAAGAGGGACUGA